AUGCCUUCUCGUACAUCAGACGCCCAGCUCUCGUUCAAGCAGGUGCAUGACACAUUUGCAGCCGAAGUCGAGGGAAUGAAAUGGGAUCUCCCGGUUCCAGAAUCUAUUCUUGACGAGAUCAAAGCCGGGGCUGAUAAAUAUGGCGUGUUAAUCUUUCGCGAGGCCAACUUGAACAAUGACGAGCAUAUCCGCUUCUCGAAACAGCUUGGCGACCUCAUGGACGUCAAAGCUCAUAUCAAGGCUGGCAGAGUGAUGCGGUUCCCCGAAACACCAGAGAUCUUUGACGUCUCGAACUUGGACGACAAAGGAGAAAUCGUGACUGAUGCAGACCCGGCUCGCAGGGAAGGCAACAAGGGCAACUUCAUCUGGCAUGCCGAUAUGGCAUAUGACCCGCAGCGAGCUAAAUACUCAAUGCUGCGUGCCGUUGAGCUUCCACCACCAGGGACUGGCGGUGAAACAAAAUACAUCGAUUCGCGCACUGCGUAUGCCGACUUACCCCAGGAAACGAAAGAUGAGAUUGAGCCAAUGAUCACGAACAACUCGCUCUUCCACAAUCGCAAGCUCGCAAGCCCUGAGUUCUUCAAGAAUCUCGAACCUUUGGAUCACCCGAUGGCGCGUUACAAGCUGGUGUAUCCACACGAAGGCGACGGGCGAAAGAAUUUGUAUUUGACUACCUAUGCGCAUCACCUGGAUGGCAAGACUCAGGAAGAGAGUCAACCUAUCUUCGACAAGCUCUGGGACCAUCUGACACAGGACAAAUAUGUUCACACUGUACACUGGAAGAACAAUGGCGACCUUGUUCUUUGGGACAACACUGGUGUGCUUCAUAAAGCUACUGCUACCGGCUCUUACACGACUCAGUAUCGUCGGGAUAUGCGGAGGACCACAACCAAGGACAGCGGCAAGUAUGGUUGGGGCGAGAAUGAGGUUGGCGCAACAUGGAGGACCGGAAUUCCGCAGAAGUGA